AUGGAUAAAGAUACAAAGAAAAAAGAUGAGAUGCUAUCAAAACCAGCAAACGGGAUUGAGACCAAGGGAUCGGAUAGUUCUGAAGGAGAUAUUCCUAUUCUCUUGCCUCGUCGCUAUCAUCCCGACUUCAAGGGGAACAUGGUGGUAGAGGAACCACAAACUGAAUCUGCACCGGCUUCACCUACCUGUCCUCGCCAGACAAGAUGGUCUUUCACGCGUACAGCACGAGGAGUCGUUGAGUCAUUGCUCCCAGAACCAUUAAGGCCUCGAUAUGUCAACGAGCAACGUCCAGUAAUGAUGGAGGCGUUACCAGCAAAUCUCGUCGACGCGAGAAAGGCGUCCAUCUAUGAUGCUGUACUGCACCCACCACGACCAUCUUCGUCUGUGUAUGAGGAUGAUGACCGCUGGCCCGACUUAACUACUAGCAGUGGGAGCACCUGGCAUUACGAGGGCAAUUCCUCAGGCAUCAACACUGCCAGGAACGUCCGACGCCAUAAUACUCCUCGCCCUGGGCAACUAAACACUCACAAACCUCUUCCUUUGGACCCUCCCAAUGUUGUCAAUCUGAGACGCGAACAAUCACAAUAUCUUGAAGGGUCCUCUUUCCAUCAAUCCUCGCGUCCUCAGACAGUCUUUCCUGGUUCUAGUUACUUGGACGAUCCUCAACCUAUCCAAGAAUGUGAAGAAACGAGGUCUAGCCUUCACACUCUUGACCAGUCUCAGACAUCCUCAAACAAUCAGCAAGGCGAUAUGUAUUCGCAGUUGGCUGCUCUACGGGUCAACUUUUCUCGUCGCCACAGCGCUCGCCUGCCUGACGCUGACGAUUUGAACGAGAAAGCACCCCUCUUACAAACUUCAGAGAGCACUAAUCUAGCAAAGAAAGAACACGUACCAUUUGAUCCUAUUGACCCUUACCAUCAUAGUGGCCAGCCUAAGAAGAAGGUGCUGUAUGGUCCUGCUGGCUACCUGGGCAAGAGCAAGGAUUGGAAGAACUCGAACCUUCAGAGGAUGACUGAGAAAGUCGAAUCACUCGGACAUCGUGUGAAACGUGGUAUCCAGCGUACCCUGGAACGUGACCCAGACGACAACAGAAUGGAAUUACUUCAUGGCAUCGUGAUGAAGCCUAGCAUUUCAAUCAAUGUCGACCCCGAAGCUCAGUCAGAAAUUUACUCCAAGCUUGAGCUAUUCCUUUGCAUGAGCGCCAACUCGUAUCUUCUCGUUCAGCUGCAAAACAACCGCUUCGUUGGCAACGAUUCUAUCAAGCGCUUUGUCAACUCCUGGAAGUCCAGGAACCGACCCGUCGUCCCUGAGUUUCAAUUUGACAUGAAGACUCAACGGGACAUCAUCGUUCACAACCUUCGGACUUUCGAGUUUCCCGGCAGAUACGGUCUAGAUCCAGUGCUCUUGAGAGGUACACUGGAUGCUUGGGGUAGUGUUAUCAGCCAGUUGAAUGUUCGCAGUUAUUGCUGGCCCGAUAGCGCUAUUCGUAAGCUCUUCCACGAUGUCGAGCCAAUCCUUGAGAUGCUAGGUGCUUCCAGAGAGGUUCUUGCUACUUUCCUCCAGAUCAAGCAGGUGGUCGUCGCGAUUGUCCAGCAAGCCAAGUACAAGAGGAAGAUGGAGCAACUCAAGCUUGCAUCUUCCCUGCAUGAUCCAUUCUAAGGGCUGGUUUGGCGGUGAAGUCGGUUAUUUUUGGCUUUCCUUUGAUUUUUCUUUGGCGUCUAUUUUCUCUUCUUUGUCCAUAUGGUCUUUUCAAUACUGAUUUGUAAUAGUUUCGCGAAUGACCGAGUUCAUUAAGAUAGCCGAAUGAAAACA